AUGAUAGCUACUAAUGACGAUAAGCGUUGUGCAGAUUGCGGAUCUGUUGAACAUCAUAUCCAGAAAUGUCCACACUUCUUAUCAUUGGCUGUAGAUGAUCGACGUAAGAUUGUGAGGGAUAAACGCUUAUGUUUUAAUUGUUUACGAGGUGGGCAUACAGUUUAUGAAUGUAAAUCAAAGAGCAAAUGCCGUUCUUGUCAUAGAAGUCAUAAUAGUCUCAUACACAAUUCGCAGCCCAGGGAGGUUGAUCAACAUGAAGUUGCUGCACCUAGUUCGAAUAUCGUUAAUUCUCCAACGGAAGUUACACAACAAAUAGCUUUGAAUACAAUGGUUUCACAUCCUGAAGCUGAUUCUUCAAGAAAACUCGACUCCAAACGCAUUCUGCCAACAGCAUUGAUUAAUGUUCGAGAUCGUGACGGUGGUUUCGUACCCUGCCGUGUUUUGCUUGAUACAGCAUCAGAAUACUCGUACAUUACCGAGGAUUGCAUCAGAAGAUUGGGAUUACCACGCGGUGCAUCACGUAUGAAACUCUCUAGAAUUCAGUCGAUCAAAGCUGACCCAACACGCGGUCAUACUUUCGUGCAUAUUGAAUCUAGAUUAUCACGGAAAUCAGUGGAUACCUUUGUACACAUUUUGGGGCAUAUAACGGCUUCUUUGCCUAGGUCGACGAUCACUAGUUACGAUUCUACCCUAUUUGGUAAUCUCGAUCUUGCGGACCCUCAUUGGAAUCGUUCAUCACCCAUUGAUAUUUUGUUAGGAGCUGAUGAGGUCUGGGAUGUAUUAUCAAUGGGAAAAUUGGAAAAUGAUCAGGGUAAGGUCAUUGCAAUUUCCACUAUUUUUGGUUGGGUGGUAACAUCUGGCAUUCUACCUUGUGAAGGUCAUGCACCUGUUACUUUACUUACGUUGGUCGAUCUUGAUCGGUCAAUUCGUGCCUUUUGGGAGAUCGAAGAAUGCUCCAACAUAUCAACUAAGAAGGAUGCCGAAUCUUUAAUCGUUGAACAACAUUUUGCUACUACUCACCGCAGACACAAUGAUGGAAAGUAUGUCGUUGAACUUCCAUUCAAAGAAGAUGAUGUUAAAUUCGCUGAAACUUAUGAUGGUGCGCUUGCUCGUUUUAAUGCUACUGAACGCAGACUGUCUAGAAACCCAGAUCUACGGGCGCAAUAUGUAAAAUUUAUGCAAGAGUACGAAAGUUUGGGCCACAUGCAAGAGCUUUCUCCUGAUGAAAUAGAUGUUCCAGACGGACGGGUAUACUACUUGCCGCAUCACCCAGUUGUUGGGUCGAAAUUAAGGGUUGUUUUUGAUGGAUCUUUCCAAGAUGCUGCUGGUAGUUCUCUGAACAGUAAAUUGUACAUUGGACCGCCUAUACAACGGAACUUAUUUGCAGUAUGCCUUAGAUUUCGUCUAUAUGAAUUUGUAUUUUCCGCCGACAUAAUCAAGAUGUUUCGUCAAAUCUGGGUAUCACAAAGUCACCGCAACUUUCAAAGAAUUUUAUGGAGGGAAACCCCAGAUAAACCACUCAAACAUUUCCAACUAUGUACAGUCACAUAUGGAACUGCCUCUGCGCCUUUCGUUUCAGUUAGAGUACUCGAACAGUUAGCUAUAGAUUAUAAUAAAUCCCAUCCCAACGCAAGUAAAAUCUUAUUGGAGGACUUUUACGUGGACGAUGUCCUGACUGGUGCCUCUUCUGAACGACAAUUAGUACGAUACCGUGAUGAACUCGUUGAUCUUCUACAACAAGCGGGAUUUCAAUUGAGUAAAUGGGUGUCCAAUAGCGACACACUGAAACAAACUGACCACAAUACACCAAGUUUUUUGAAGGAUGAUGAUAAUUCAACUAAGGUCCUGGGUAUACAUUGGUAUUCUGACGAGGAUCGCAUCGGAUACAAAAUAUGUUUGGGGAAUCCACAACGUGCCACAAAGAGGACGAUUUUGUCCGAUGUAUCCCGAAUCUUUGACCCGCUAGGACUGGUGUCACCGGUUGUUAUAAAAUUCAAGAUUUUAUUCCAAGAAUUAUGUCUUAUGAAUUUGGGUUGGGAUGACCCACUGCCUCCGGACAUAGCGGAAGUGUGGAUGAAGUAUCGUGAAGAUUUACGAAAUCUUGAUAAAUUACGGUUGCCUCGCUUUAUACCAAAUGUCAAUACGAAGAUUACUCUACAUGGUUUCAGCGAUGCAUCCUUGAAGGCCUACUCUGCUGUGAUAUAUUGCCUGGCGAAUGAUGAAAAUGGUAACAUCAAGUUAUCUUUGGUCGCAUCGAAAACUCGUGUCUCGCCGCUUAAGCAGAUUUCAUUACCCAGACUGGAGACUGAUGAAAUCGUGCUAUCUUGGUUAUCCGUGCAGCCGAUCACGCUCAACCGUGGAAACCGUACAGCGGAAAUAUUGGAAAAUCUCCCUAGAAGUGCUUGGGGACACGUUAGUUCGAAGGAAAAUCCCGCUGAUUGCGCUUCACGCGGUCUUAUGGUCGAUCAAUUUCUAAGUCACGACCUGUGGUGGUCGGGACCAACAUUUUUGAAAACUUCGCAACAACCGCAAAGUGAUUCUUCACAGGCAACAAUCAACAACAUUGAGGUGGAAGCCGAAAUGAAAACUACAACAACUCACAGCUUUACUACGCGUCAACAUUCUACAGAACAUCCAUUAGAGAGAACUCUAGCAAAUACGUCAAGCUGGUGGAAACUUUUACGCAUCACCGCCUAUGUACGCCGUUUUAUUAACUUACAUGUUCGGAAAAUCAAAAACCCUAACAAAUUUUUGACAUUCGAUGAAAUUGCACAGGCUAAGAUAACAUGUCUCAAAAUGGCUCAAGAUUAUUUUUCACCAGAACGAAUUAAACUACAACGUGGAUUGAAUCUCGACAAAAGUUCUCAACUAACAAGACUUUCAGCAUACAUUGAUGAACUAGGACUCCUCAGAGUAGGAGGUCGCAUACGACACUCGGAACUUGCCGAUGCAGUUCAACAUCCUAUCAUACUUCCAGGUAAACACAGAAUAUCGAAACUAGUACUUGAGGAACAACAUGUAAGACAUCUACAUCCUGGUGUAUCAACAUUAUUCGUGAUUAUUCGUCAACAAUAUUGGAUUGUUGGGGCUAGAAACCUGAUUCGGCAAAUUACACACAAAUGCUUAAAUUGUUUUAGACAAGCACAACAUGCAACACAGCAGCGAAUGGCUGAUCUUCCCGCAGUUCGAGUUCGACAGGCAUUCCCUUUCCAGAAUACCGGAUGCGAUUACGCCGGUCCGUUUACACUUAAAUUGCACAGUGGAAGAAAUGCUAGAACAUCCAAGGGAUAUAUAUGCUUAUUCGUCUGUAUGGUUACAUCAGCUAUACACCUCGAAUUAUCAACAGACCUAAGUACUGAGUGUUUUCUGGCAGCUCUACGCCGUUUUAUGGCCCGCCGUGGCAAAUGUUCUACAAUAUAUAGUGACAACGGCAAGAAUUUCGUUGGUGCCAAACGAGUUCUGAAUGAAUUAUACCAACAACUACAAGCUGAAGGACACAACGAGAUCAUUCAGGCAACCUUAGCUCAAGAGGGAAUAAAGUGGAUUUUUACUCCACCUUACUCACCACACUGGGGUGGUAUGUGGGAAUCGGGCGUCCGCUCGGUUAAACUACAUUUACGCCGCAUUAUUGGCAACAGUAUCCUGACAUAUGAACAGAUGCACACUCUUCUCGCUCAAGUUGAAGCAGUAGUAAAUUCCAGACCGUUGGGAUAUGCUCCUGACAACGAGACUGGCUAUCUUUCUCCAUCUCACUUCUUAAUUGGCAGGCCAACUACCAUGGUGCCUGAAGGUACUCUUACUGAUCUGAAUCAGAACCGUCUCGACUACUGGCAACAUGUACAAUGUAUGUACCAAGGCUUUUGGAAGCAGUGGAGUCAAGAAUACCUAACAUCCCUACAACAUCGCCCGAAGUGGUGCAAUGAUCAACCUAACAUUAAAAUUGAUGACCUGGUCCUAGUGAAGGAAGACAGAACUCCUCCCUCAACUUGGAUAAUCGGCCGAGUGAUGGAAGUGUUCCCAGGAGAUGACGGAUUAAUACGAGUGGUGAAGCUUAAGACUAACAAGAGCACGAUGACCAGGAAUAUUACUAGAAUUGUCAAACUCCCAAUAUGCUGA